CUUUGCCACUGUGCUUCCCGAAGGUCUAAAAAGGCAACCUGCAGGAAGCUCCAAUGGCAUAGGCGCACAUCACCCUUUUUCCUCAACCUUUCCUUAGUUUGGCUUAGGUUUUCCAUCCAAAAAUCCAAACCCAACAAAGAAAAAUAGAGAAAGAACUCAGAAAGCUAAUCAUUUAGUGUUAACUAAGGGUUAAAGGGUAGCUAGGAUUCCUGUACAGAAAAAGGUGUGACCUAAUCUGUGUAUGAAUUGGCUGGUUGUGCCCAGAAAACAGAACCUCACUCUGUCGGUAGAUCUCUCUGUUCUUUCAGAGGUAUUGAUUUGGGUUUUAUUCAAGUCAGGAUUUUGUUUUGUUUUGUUUAUGAACUUCUGUUUGAGUGAAUUGAGGAGGUUUUGCUUUGAUGGGAAUUUGCUGGAGCAACAAGAUCAAGUCAGUAAGCCCUUCUACCACAGGAUACAAUUCUAGAAGUGCAAGUAGGGAUGGUUCUAGUAGCAAGGCCUCAUCAAGUUCCAUGCCUACAACUCCUCGGAGUGAGGGGGAGAUUUUGCAAUCCUGCAAUCUAAAGAGUAUCAGCUUCAGUGAGCUCAAAAAUGCUACAAGAAACUUCCGUCCUGAUAGUGUACUAGGAGAAGGCGGUUUUGGUUCUGUUUUCAAAGGUUGGAUCGAUGAGAGUACACUUAUAGCUUCCAAGGCUGGGUCUGGCAUGGUAAUUGCUGUGAAGAGACUCACCCAAGAUGGGUUCCAGGGCCAUAAAGAAUGGUUGACAGAAAUCAACUAUCUUGGACAGCUGCAACAUCCUAAUCUUGUGAAAUUGAUUGGCUAUUGCUUAGAGGAUGAACAUCGGCUCCUGGUUUAUGAGUUCAUGCCCAAGGGCAGCAUGGAAAAUCAUCUAUUCAGGAGAGGUUCUCACUUUCAGCCUCUUUCUUGGACCUUGCGAAUGAAAAUUGCCCUUGAUGCUGCAAAGGGGCUUGCCUUUCUGCACAAUGCUGAACAACAAGUCAUACAUCGUGACUUCAAGUCUGGCAACAUUUUGCUUGACUCGAAAUACAAUGCGAAGCUCGCUGAUUUUGGGCUGGCGAGGGAUGGACCAACUGGUGACAAAAGCCAUGUUUCUACUAGGGUCAUAGGAACCCAAGGAUAUGCUGCUCCCGAGUAUCUAGCUACAGGUCAUCUUACUGCCAAGAGUGACAUAUACAGCUUUGGAGUUGUUCUUCUAGAAAUGUUAUCUGGAAGACGAGCUAUAGAUAGAAAUAGGCCACCUGGUGAACACAACCUGGUAGAAUGGGCAAAACCGUACCUAACCAACAAACGGCGAGUCUUACGGGUUAUAGACCCUCGACUCGAAGGCCAAUACUCGCUCAAUCGUGCCCAAAAGGCUGCCAACCUAGCACUUGAAUGUCUUUCCGCUGAUCCUAAGUACAGACCAGACAUGAAUGAAGUAAUAACUACACUGGAGCAGCUUCAGGACACAACAAAGGACAGGCCCAAAGGUACUCAGAAAGAGCAUCAUACAACUGGUAAUGGAGUUUCUAAUGAUGCACGAAAGUCUCACAGAAGCAGCAACAAUGAUGCUCCCAAUAGAGUAACUGUUCAUUAUCCCAGGCCUUCUGCAAACCCACUUUUUGCUUGACAGGACCAGUUUCCAUGCCACGUUCAUUACUUGAAGUACAAGUUUAGGGAAGGUGUUAUGUCAAGUCAUGAGAGUAUAAUUGUACAUACCCAAGAUCGUUGGAGUAGCUAGUAGGCAGUGAUUGUGUAUAGAUGAAUGUAUUUGAACCUACCUUUUUACAAAUGUUUUCUGGUUACUUUCAAAAGACAAUGUGGAAAGAUAACCAGGAUAUCUGAACUCUGAAGUGUGAUAAAGCUCAUUGAGUACUUUUUCGUUUGUAACUUGUGUUAGUUGUGUACGUGACCUUCACAGUCGAUGUAUAGAUAAAUAUAUAUAGCACAUCUCAUUUCGCUUAUGAGAAGUUUUAGCCUUUACCUUUUGA